AUGGCAGCACUCAUGAUGUCGGUAUACGACGUCGUUCGCUUCGUCUCUGGCUUUUCCGCCAAGAACUCGAGCAUUGACAAGUACAAUUGGAGCUACAUCGAGCGACCCGGCAAAGACGAGGAGCACACGGACGUUGUCGUGUUCCUCCAUGGGUUCAGUUCCGUGAAAGAGUCUUGGGUUCGAGUCGCCCGUGGCAUUGACAAACGGUACAAAAUCGUGAUUCCCGAUCUGCCUGGUCAAGGGCGGACCACGCCAAUUGACGCUCUGACCAACUACUCGAUGCCUCAUCAGGCCGAGAGACUGCGUGAGUUCUUGGACAAGCAAGUACCUGCUGACAAGAAGAUUCAUCUCGUCGGGUGCUCAAUGGGUGGCAUGCUCGCUGGAGUCUACGCGGCUCUCUACCCUGACCGAGUCAAGUCCCUGACGAUGGUGUGCCCAGCUGGCAUUUCCAUGCCAAAGAAGAGCGCGCUGUUGGACAUGCUCGAGGACUCGGGACGUAACCUCCUGCUUGCGCAUACUAUUGAGGAGUUGGAUGAGAUGAAUCAACAUCUGAGCUACGAACCUCGAAAGAUCCCUCGCGUUCUUUUGAAACUCAUUGCUUCGGAACGAAGGAAACAGCUGCCAGUAUUGGAGAAAAUUGUCGGCGACUCGUUGCAGAACCCGACCGUGUUGGAAGCUCUGCUGCCUAACAUUCGAGCGAGGACGCUGAUCAUGUGGGGAAAGCACGAUCAUGUGCUGGACGUCUCGUCAGUAGAUGUGCUCAAGCGCAAACUCACGCCAGAGGUGCAAAGCCAAGUGCUGCUAUUUGACGACUGCGGCCACAUUCUGCAACACGAGAAGCACACCGAGUGCACGAGUGCGAUCAACAAAUUUCUUGCGGGCAAAACGCUAUCGGUGGAAACCCUCGUGUAA